GAUUCAUCAAUCACUUUACUUUAUUGUAUUAAAAUUGUAUAACCUAUCCACUCUCAUCAUAAUCUCUGCAAAUCUAUCAUCCUUGUUAAUAUUAAGAUGAACACUUCCUCUCAAUUUCUCUUCCUUUCACUCAUUUCCAUUUGGUUCAUAUCUCUUACAGCUUUUGCUGCCACUACUAUUCACCCUGAUGAAAAGAAAGCUCUUGAAGUUAUAGCUAAAUCACUUGGUAAGAAGGAUUGGAACUUUGACAUUGAUCCAUGCAGCAAUAAACCUAACUGGGUUACGCCUACGAUACCGAAUGUCGUAGAGAACAAUGUAAUUUGUAACUGCUCUGUUGCUGGUGACAACUUCUGCCAUGUUGUUGAAAUAAAUCUGAAGGGCCAAAAUCUCCAAGGCACUCUCCCCUCAGAACUGAAUAGGUUGCGUUACCUUCAAGUUAUUGACCUAGCUCGCAAUAACUUGAAAGGUCCGAUUCCUAAAGAAUGGGGCUCCUUGACAAAUAUUUAUAAAUUUGCUCUCCUCGGAAAUCAAUUAACGGGUUCAAUACCAGUUGAGAUUGCAAACCUAUCUGCUCUUCAAAUCUUGGAGUUAUUUAACAAUCAAUUCUCUGGAAAUCUUCCUCCUGGGCUUGGACAUCUAACUCAAAUUCAAAUACUGCGACUUUCAUCUAACAAAUUUACUGGAGAACUACCUGCGACAUUCGCCAAGCUCACUACAUUGCAAGAGUUCCGAAUCGAGGACAACCAAUUCUCUGGAAAGAUACCUAAUUUUAUUCAGAACUGGACAAGUAUUAAUAAACUAAUGAUACAAGGAAGCGGAUUAAGUGGGCCGAUUCCUUCUGGAAUUUCACUUUUGACAAACUUAACUGACUUGAGAAUUAGUGAUUUGAAUGGAUCCGAAUAUUCACAUUUGCCGCAACUUAAUAAUAUGAAAUCGUUAAACAGAUUGAUUCUUAGGAAUUGCAACAUCAACGGAACGCUACCUGAAAAUCUUAGGACUAUAACAACAUUAAAACACUUAGACCUCGGCUUUAACAAUUUAAGUGGAACAAUUCCGAGGACGUAUGCUGACAUGAACGGUUUGAAAUAUAUAUUUUUAACCGGAAACCUUCUGACUGGACCAGUGCCUUCUUGGAGAAAGAACGUGAGCGUAGAUCUUUCAUACAAUAACUUCAGCAUCAGCCAAGGGAGUCAGAUAUGUAAAGAUGAAAAUGUGAAUUUAUUUUCUCCCUCAUGGGGACGCAAUGACACAGGAACAGUUUCGUGUUUGAGCUUGAAAUGCCCCAAACCCGCAAACUCUCUUUAUAUAAAUUGUGGUGGAAAGCAAGCAAUAGUCGACGGAAAAAGUUACGAUGGUGAUUCAGAUUUACCUGGACCCGCUAGAUUCCAUGCCAAUCCAACAGGAAAUUGGGCAUAUAGCACAACUGGUGUAUUCGUUGAAAGUAACCAACUUGGAGACACUUAUUCCCCAAAAAAUAUCACCAAACUUACUAUGGUGGAUGCUGAAUUGUAUACGAAUGCACGCGCUUCUCCUACUUCUUUGACUUAUUACGGGUUUUGCCUUGCAAAUGGAAGCUACAUAGUAAAUCUACAUUUUGCUGAAAUAAUGAUCCCCGAUGAUCAAACUUAUGGUAGUCUUGGAAGGCGUGUAUUUGAUAUCUACCUUCAGGGAAAGCCGGUGCAAAAGGAUUUCAAUAUUGCAAAAGAAGCGGGAGGAGUCGGUAAGAAAGUGAUAAAACAGUUCAAAGAUAUCAUUGUUAGUAGUAAUACUUUGGAGAUCCGUUUGUAUUGGGCUGGAAAAGGGACACAGUCUCUCCCAAAUAAAUCAAUAUAUGGUCCUCUUAUAUCAGCUAUAUCAGUGGAAUCAUCUGAUUCUCAACCUGGAAGCAUAUCUGCAGACUCUUCACCUGAUAGCAUAACUGCAGGAGCUGUAGUUGGAAUUUUGGUUGCAGCAACAAUUUUAAUCUUAUCAUUCUAGUGUUUGGUAUACUAGUCUUCUUAAAAAAUUGUAAGAAAGUGAUCAUAAUUGAAAUAUAGCUAGAGUAUUAUAAAAAUUAUAUCGAAAUUUGUAUA